AUGAACAGCGAGGACUCGGACAUUGAGGUUGUUAGUGGCGACAUGGGUAAAAAGCUACACUUUAACCCCGUUAGAGCGGCAGUGGCAUUACAGCUGUGCAGAAAGCUUAAGGUAGACUGUAGACAGCAGUAUAGCAAAUUCACGGAUGUUUGUGAAUUAGGAGCUCCUUGUAAGAAUGUGAAGAUUAAAAGUGAUGGGAAUUGCUUCUUUAGGGCAGUCAGUGUAGCUGUGAGCGGUACCGAACACCAUCACGGAUGAAUAAGAGAAGCUGUAGUGAAUCACUUGCAAAGCAAUGAAGCUGCAUAUGCCAACAUUCUGAGAAGGGGUUACCUUUCGGUGUCAGACUACAUUGACGCAUCUAAAAUCAGCUCUCUAGGAAGUUGGGCGACAGAGGUUGAGAUUCAAGCAACAGCAGAUUAUUUGGGUGUCAACGUAUUCACAUAUUACACUGACCGUUGGUUUCAGUACAGUUGCAACAGUGUUCGGGUCUCAGGGUCAGGGGAUUUAUUUAGCAAAUAGCAGCAGCCAUUAUGAGACCGUCAUUUGUGUCACAAGUCCUCUGAAGCAGUCUUGUCAUGGCUACUGCAAAGUAGCCGUAGUUGCAUCAGAUACAUCCAAUUGUCUGACCUCAAAUUCUGCUUAUGCUGAUUCUACAUCUCAAUCCGAGAUUGCUUCACCAUCACCGACAUCGAUUCGUCCAGAUAACACAGUGUCUGUGAAUGACGACGACUACUGCGAAAAGGAGAGCGAUGAGCGCGAGGAGGGGUCCCGCCGCUCUGAUGAGCAUCAAACGGACUUGACGGGCACGAGUGACCACGAUGUUGAUUUUUACCGAGAUACUGACAGUCCUCGGAGCCGCUAUGAGUAUGACGAUUACCGCAGUGACACUGCAGAGCUAGAUGUUGAAGGACACUUCAGUGAAGAUGAGGCCUGGGAGAAUAAUCCUGAUGAAGAGUAUGACCGCUAUGGCUUGCUAUCAAGGAGACAUGUAGAAAAUUAUAUCGUUGAAAAUAUGGAGCAUCGUCCCUAUGGCGAUAGCCUUGUAACUCCAGGUGACAUGGAGGAUACCACUGAAGCUGAUUUACCACGUAACAGCUUUGUGGAUCAGUGUGAACUUUUCAACCACUCUGAUGAGCAUCAAACUCCGAGGGACUUGAAGGGCACGAGUGACCGCGAUGCCGACUUUUACCGAGAUUCUAACAGUCCUCCAUGAGCUGCCAUGAGUAUGACGAUUACCACAGUGACACUGCAGAGCUAGAAGUCGAAGGACACUUCAGUGAAGAUGAGGCCUGGAGGAAUACUCCCGACGAAGAGUAUGAUCGUCGUGGCCUGCUAUCAGAAAGACAUGUAGAAGGUGACAUUGUUGAAGACGAGGAGUAUUAUCCCUACAGUGAUAGCCUCGGAACUCCAGGUGACACGGAAGAUACCAGUGAAGCUGAUUUACCACGUAACAGCUUUAUGGAUCAGUCCGAACUUUUAAACGAUGAGAUCUGUAUCGUACUGUGGGAUUGCGAUGAAGAAGUUGAAGAGGAGUUUGGCUCAAAUAACCGCUACGCAUCUACCUGCCGCUGGACCGAAUUGCAGGAAUCAUGGAAAUCGUUUGUCAGUUGGCUGGGUGAGCGCUGGUGGGGCUCGGUGUCAGAAGAGUCUGUCAGGACCUUCAUGGAUACAUCUGAGAGACGUCGCAUCAGGGAUAUCGUCGUCUCGGCGUGCUUAGGUGACACGCCCGGGGGAGUUUGUUCUUUCACAGCGAAGACUGAAAGUGGCCUGCUGUCAUUUCCUUUGCUUAUCCGUCAAAGAUGCUACGUAUGUGCUGACUUGGCGGAAGGUGAUUUUUCGUGUCCGAUCGACAUGUUGAGAAAGCUGGCCCGUGAAACCUACACACACUUGCUCCCCCGACCCACAACAAUACCUUCCAAUCCCCAGUACUUUUCUCUUACACGGGUAGUGGAUGAUAUGUGCAGCGUUUUAGAUUUGCUGAAAAGUGGAUGGUGUGACGUUUCCCAACCCCAUCGCAUAAUAGAGUAUCUACAAAACAAGGAAGGACCCUCUGUUAACCCAGCAGCAUUAAUUUGCUGCGUAGAUGAUGACAGUCCAGGAUACCUGUUUGAGAUUAUAGACGCCAAAGGGAAGAGGCUGAAAGUAACAUUUAAUAAAUUGGGCUUCACAUUUGGAUCGGGUCUACAUUUCUCAGGACUCAUAAGUCUGCUGUCACAUAUCUGUGAGGUUGAUGGAGUAAACUUUGUGAUUAACUGUAGAUUCUUGCCCACUGCAAGCGAACUGGAGCGUCCGAUGUAA